AUGGUUGUCGUUCCUAAAUCUAAUGACCAAGUUAGGAUCUGCGUUGACCUUACUCGUCUAAAUGAUUCAGUCAAGCGUGAGCGGCAUAUUCUGCCCUCAGUGGACGAAACCUUAGCACAGUUAGGGGGUGCUAAAGUUUUUAGCAAAUUGGAUGCUAAUUCGGGAUUUCAUCAGAUACCAUUGUCCAAGGAGUCAACGCUAUUGACAACAUUCAUCACUCCAUUUGGGAGAUUUUGCUAUAAUCGCCUCCCAUUUGGGAUAACUUCAGCACCAGAACAUUUCCAGAAGAGGAUGACAAGUGUGCUCGCUGGUGUUGAAGAAACUGCCAAUAUGAUUGAUGACACAUUGGUGUACGGACGUGAUCAACAGGAGCACGAUGAACGCCUAGAGAGAGUUCUGAAGAAGCUAGAAUCUGCAGGUGUACCGCUUAACAUAGGUAGCAAGGACUUGGAUACCUUACCACCGAGUGUCCAGAGAUUUCGCAUGCGUUUGAUGCGAUUCCACUACAGUAUCCAGCACAUCCCAUGUAAAGACCUGAUCAUGGCAGACAUGCUGUCCAGAGCACCAGUUGAGAACUGUGAUGGCCAGGAAGAGAACCUCCAUGAAGUAAGUCAGGAGUUCGUAGACCAUGUCGUCGCAACAGCCAACAGGCAACUGGAUAACAUAGCAGCCCUCCAACGUGAGGAUGAGGUAUGCCAGCUGUUAAUGAAAUACUGCAGAGAUGGGUGGCCGGAGAAGGCGAACCUUAUCAAGUUGUAUCAAUCAGUGGCGGGAGAACUGACAGUUCAGAUAGGCUUGUUGAUGAGAGAAUGUAGAAUUGUCAUUCCGAGUUUAAUACGAAUGGAUAUACUGGAGAAGUUACAUACGGGUCAUCUCGGUAUCGUACGAUGCAGACAGCGAGCCAAUCGGUUUGGUGGCCAGGGCUAGCACGUCAGUUACAAGUAUGCGUGGAGAACUGUAAAGUUUGUAGAAAGCAGUCAAGAAACCCAGCAGAACCACUGAUGGUAACUGAGCUGCCAAGUCUCCCCUGGCAGAAAGUUGCCACAGAUCUGCUGGAUUACAAAGGACACCAGUACCUGGUAGUGACUGACUACUAUUCCAGGUAUGUGGAACUAACUAAGCUAACUACUACUAGCACUUCGGGAGACAUAAUUAAUCAAUUGAAGUCUAUCUUUGGGAGACACGGGAUACCAUAGUGUUUAGUAUCUGACAAUGGGCCUCAGUACUCGUCCCAUGUGUUUGCCGAGUUUGCUAGAGAGUAUGGAUUUACGCAUAUCACCAGUAGUCCUCGUUAUCCACAAGGUAACGGGCAUGCUGAGAGAGCUGUCCAAACUGUGAAGUCACUUCUAAAGACGUGCAAUGGUGAUCCAUACCUGUCACUGUUGACAUACCGCGCUACUCCACUGGAGCACGGGUUCAGUCCUUCGGAGCUACUAAUGGGACGUCGACUCAGAACAACAGUACCUAUAUCACCAGAGCAGCUGAAGCCUGCAGUCCCAGACUUCAAUAGGGUCAAAGCUAAGGAUGACAUGAUCAAGGAUCGUCAAAAGCGUAACUUUGACCAGCAUCAUGGUGCACAUGAACUUACACCUCUGAAAAGUGGUGACAAAAUUUGGCUGAGCGAUUUCGAGACUGAAGGCACGGUAAAGAACCAGGUCGAGACACGCAGUUACACAGUAUCUACACCACGAGGUGAGCUGAGGAGAAACCGGAGACACCUGAAAAGUCUUCCGGAUGAGUCAAAAGAGACACUGGACUGCGAACCUGAUCCUGUCCCACCUGAUGCUGACAAUACACUGGAGACAGCGAUAACUCCAGCACAUGUACCGACGGAGAGUCCUAUCCAUGACAGUAUGCGGACCACCCGCAGUGACCGGAUCAUCAAAACACCACAACGGUUCAAAGAGUGAGAGCUCGACAAACAAGUAGGACAAAAACCUAAGAUAUAAGACAUUGUCUUUAUUUUUCUAGUUAUAAUAGGCUACUUAGCCAGUGUUUUGCUCAUGGACACUUUAUUGACAUUCUACAUGAGUUCAUAUAUGUUACACUAUUUCUUAGAUAAGAACCUAUUCCAAGUUAUGUAAAAGUGGUAUUUGUAAGCCCAGAAAGGGGGAUGUAGUGUUAGCCAUUUUGGUUACCCUGUGGUACCUGCCUCGUUUUGAGGUAAUAAAGAUGCUGUUGAUAUCCAA